GCGAUGUCACUGCGCUUCACAAUACCUGGGAUUGAUGAGCGGCGUCGGCCAAUCGGGAGAGCGGAGCCGUUUUGCGCACCGUUCGUCGGCGGGGAAGGAGGGAGCUGCGGGCGCCCGUGGGAGCCGGCGGGCACCAAUGAGCGGCCACGUCGGCCCCCACGUCGCUCCGCCCCCUUCUCCCAUUCAUCAAGGGGGGGGGGACGGUGUCGUCUUUUCAAUUCAUUUAUCUGCAGGAAUGAUUGCCGCUAUCAGUCUCGCGUUCACCGCCCGGCUGAGGAGGUGAAAGUUUCUCCCCAGGAAGAUAAACCGCAAAAGACAAUAUUGUGCAUGAUUUGCGCCGGGCUGCUUUUUUUUUUUAAAUUCCGAAGCAGGGCAGCGAGAGAGAAAGAGAGAAAGUGAAGAGGGGGAAAAAAGCCAAAGGAGGGGAAGAAAAGAGACGGAAGGAGGAAAGAGCAGCGCAAGAGCUGGAGGAGAGGAGAAACCCGCCUGCUCGGCCGCCGCGUUCCGCGAGCUUCUUUUUGAUUUAGAUAUAUGUAUGUAGAUGCAGACCUGCAUAUAUACAUCUGACUCCCGACCUGAAGGAAGUUUCGUCUGGGGCCGUGCCUUUCCCCCCCUCGCUCGCGCGAUGCGCCCGCGUCUCCCUCUCGCCUCCCCAUUGUUACUGGUGAGCGGGGUCUUUUGAAUCCCCUCCCUCCUCCCGCCGAAGCCCCCCGGAAAGUGCCGUCCGAGAGGCCAGCCAGUGAGGGGGGCCGCCGCCGGGGUUCUCUGGCUCCGGCUCGCUUUUUUUGUGCGCGCCCAUGCCGCUUCGCUCGGCUUCUAACUAGCUUUGCGCCCCCCCCCCCCCUCGACUAGAGGCUCCCCCGACCCUCGCCCACCCCUCUCGGGUUUUUGGAGGUGCGGGGUUUUUUCCCCCUUUCUUUUUCUUUCUUUCUCUUUUUUUGUUUGGCGGCUGUGAUGUGGUCGCCGUAGCCGGGCCGGCCGCGGACUUUUUGCUCCAGAGAGGCUCCGAGUGGCGGCGCGGCGGCGGAGGCUCUUCCCGGCCGGCUGCUCGGCUUUCGCCCGCGGUUCGGCGGCCGCUGUCGCUCGGGGGCCUCUGCUCCGGCCGCCCGCUUGUUCUCCUCCCUCCGAGCCUGCUGGACUCCUUCGCCGGGCGAGCGCCGCCGAAGAUGCUACUGGACGCCGGCCCGCAGUACCCGGCCAUCGGCGUGACCACCUUCGGCUCGUCUCGCCACCACUCGGCGGGCGAGGUGUCGGAGCGCGAGGUGGGUCUGGGCAUCAACCCGUUCGCCGACGCCGGCAUGGGCGCCUUCAAGCUGAACCCCAGCAGCCACGAGCUGGCCUCGGCCGGCCAGACCGCCUUCACCUCGCAGGCGCCCGGCUACGCGGCCGCCGCCGCCCUGGGCCACCACCACCACCACCACCACCCGGGCCACGUCGGCUCCUACUCCAGCGCGGCCGCCUUCAACUCCACGCGGGACUUUCUCUUCCGCAACCGGGGCUUCGGCGAGGCGGCGGCGGCCAGCGCCCAGCACAGCCUCUUCGCCUCGGCGGCCGGCGGCUUCGGGGCCCCCCACGGGCACGGCGAGGCGGCCGGACACCUCCUCUUCCCGGGCCUGCACGAGCAAGCGGCCGGCCACGCCUCGCCCAACGUGGUCAACGGGCAGAUGCGCCUGGGCUUCUCGGGAGACAUGUACGGCCGGCCCGAGCAGUACGGCCAGGUGACCAGCCCGCGCUCCGACCACUACGCCUCGCCCCAGCUGCACGGCUACGGCCACAUGAACAUGAACAUGGCAGCCCACCACGGCGCCGGGGCCUUCUUCCGCUACAUGCGCCAGCCCAUCAAGCAGGAGCUCAUCUGCAAGUGGAUCGAGCCCGAGCAGCUGGCCAACCCCAAAAAGUCCUGCAACAAAACUUUCAGCACCAUGCACGAGCUGGUGACUCACGUCACGGUGGAGCACGUCGGCGGGCCCGAGCAGUCCAACCACAUCUGCUUCUGGGAAGAGUGUCCCCGCGAAGGGAAGCCUUUCAAGGCCAAGUACAAACUGGUCAACCACAUCCGAGUCCACACCGGCGAGAAGCCCUUUCCCUGCCCCUUCCCCGGCUGCGGGAAAGUCUUCGCUCGCUCCGAGAACCUCAAGAUCCACAAAAGGACGCACACAGGUGAAAAGCCCUUUAAGUGUGAAUUCGAGGGCUGCGACCGGCGCUUCGCCAACAGCAGCGACCGCAAAAAGCACAUGCACGUCCACACUUCAGACAAGCCUUAUCUCUGCAAAAUGUGCGACAAGUCCUACACGCACCCGAGCUCCCUCCGCAAACACAUGAAGGUCCACGAAUCGACGUCCCAGGGACCGCAGCCUUCUCCCGCGGCCAGUUCGGGCUACGAAUCUUCCACCCCUCCAACCAUCGUUUCUCCGUCGACAGAAAACCAAACCGCCAGUUCCCUAUCCCCUUCGUCUUCAGCAGUCCAUCACACGUCCACCCACAGCACGCUCACGUCAAAUUUUAACGAAUGGUACGUUUAAACAAACACACGCGAAUCCAACCUAUUUAAAAAGACUCCGGAAAAUGAAUGAACACUUUGAAAUCGGUUUCUCCCCCCCCCCUUUUUUUUUUUUUGGGCUUGGUUUGGAUGUUUUUCUUUUACUUUCCUGCUUUCCUUUUUUUUUUAACAUGCCGCCAGUAGACCCAGGACCGAGUCAAAUCCAGCAUUGGGGUUCGGUUUUUUUUGUUUGGUUCGGUCCCCCUACCCUCACCACUCCUUCCUUACAUUUCUGUUGUUUUGCUGCGGUUUCGUCGCGUUUGGGUCAAAAGGCUUGGGAAGAUGUUGUAGGGCGCGUGAGAAGAGCAGGGCUCCCGGGCCGUCUCGCCAGCGGGCAGGGCUUUGGAAGGAAGUCACUGACUGGCAUUCUCCGAGGCCAGGUCUUUCCAGGCAGUGGCCUGGUUGUGGUUGCAGUUGUUCAUUUCCUCUUUCGCCCCCCCCUCCCUUUCUUUCUGUAAAUACAGAAAUAUUAGCUUACGAUGUACUGUUUGAUUUUGUAAAUAGUCAUACCACAAGUUGAAUAAGGGGAUAUGUGGAAUUGUGGUCUUUGCAUAUAUGUGGGGGGAGGGGAAUAGGGGAAGGGAGGGGUGGAGGUUGAAGUGGGGGGGAUCAGAGGAGGGAGGAGGUAGUAAAUCAACUAUUUGUACUGAAUGGCAAGGAUGUUCUAGUAAAUGUGUACCAAAAUGUGAAUUACUUUGUAUUAUUACAGUCUAAACGUCGAUCUAACAAGGCUAUUAUUAUUGGUAUUAAUGUGCUUUUUCUUUUGUAUAAAAGUGCAAACAUUUCGUCGCCAAGUCCAGUCUAAGUAGUGCAGUAAAAUGUUGUUACACGUCCUGUCAAGAAAUUCGUAUAGUGCAAGCCUGGAUCUGCGUGUCAAACUGUUACAUUUGUUUAUGUAAAGUGAUAUUAAAAAAAGCUAUAAACUAUAACCUGUCCGUUGCUUUUGGCAAAUACAACCACAUACUGUAUAUACUUUCUAAUUUUCCAUAUUUAUCCGCAUGUAAAGGUCCGGUUAUACAUGUUACAGAUAUUCAAUAUUUAUGGAUAGAAGAAUUGGUAUGUACAAUUUAGUUUACAGAACUGUUUGGUAACAUUUCGUACCUUAUUAAAGAUUCUGAAAUCCCA